AUGCGGAUGGGAGGUAUGCUGGAAGACUUGUCUAGCCUGGGAUUCCCAUCCUACUCUGGGAUAUAUGUGGAUGGACUCACGCAGGACUUGGCCGAGGAUCACGAGCGACUAUUCUUAGACGACUACAGGAGCUACGAUUCAAAGUAUCAGAAUCCGAAGCGCUGGUUCUCGAGUAUUCACGACAUCAACACCUCGAUUCUCAUACCAUGCAAGGACUGGAAAGGUGCAUUACCCCUUGGGCUAGAAACUUUCCAGCGAAACUUCGAUGCUCUGGACAUCGACUUGGCUCUGGAUUUCACAGGGCAAGAGAUCGUGCCAUAUUGCCCCGAUGGCUACUGGUGGCUUUCGAAUGCGUGCAGAAACAAUCCGGCGGACUGUAUUCCUUGCGUCACGGGCAGCUCCCUUAACUACGUGUACGAUGCUGACGAGGUUAUGAUCAAGGCUACUACGUGGAACAUGUCUCUGGCACUGGCCACAGUCGACGGGCACUCUGCAGGGACCAAUUUCGAAAAGGUGGUUACGGAACACAGGAGCCGACGCAGGGCUAGUUGCCGGCUUUCGGUGCCGUGUUCGGCUUUUGGGGUUUGGCCUUCACGGUUAAGGCAGAUUCGGCAGGUCAGAAUCCUUUUCUGCCUCUGGGAGCCUGACUUGAAACCCAAAAGCCCGAAUUCCUGA